UUGGUCGAAACGGCAAACGCAUUCCAAGCUGUUUAUUUUUCGGAAACUUGAAAAUAUUGCAAUCGUUCGAGCGAUUUGAUAAUAAGUCCGGAAAAGCGGCGGAAAACCAGAAGCAGCCAUGUCGGCCUUCACGGAGACGGCUCUCCUCAAGAAGCUGGCCGAGCUGAACAGCAGUCAGCAGAGCAUCCAGACGCUAUCCCUGUGGCUAAUUCACCACCGCAAACACAGCGCAGCGAUUGUAAAAACCUGGCAGCGGGAGCUGGAGAACGUGCCGGAGCCCAAGAAGCUGACCUUCAUGUAUCUGGCCAACGACGUGAUCCAGAACAGCAAGAAAAAGGGGCCGGAAUACGGCAAGGAGUUCAGCCAUGUGCUGGGCAAGGUGUUCGUCCACAUUGGCGAGAAGUGCAGCUCGGACAAGUUGCUGGGCAGCCUCGGAAGGAUCCUGAACAUCUGGCUGGAGCGCGGCGUCUACGAUCCCAAGGCCAUUGCCGACUGGAGGUCCCGAUUACACAAGGAGGCCGCUGGCAGCAGCACCAGCACAAGCAGUAAUGGCAAGACCAAUGGGAAUAGUGAGAAGCCGGAAAAGGAAAAGCAUAAAGAUUCCGGUGGCCACAGCAAGCCCGAGAAAUCCGAGCGCCGCGAGAAGCGUAAGCACGAGGACCGCCACUCCAAGUCCAAGCGCUCGCGCCAUCACGCCCAAGGCAGCAGUAGCAGUAGCUCGAAUACAGCUCCGCCGGCAGAGGAAGUCGUUUCUGUGGAACCGGAAAACGGUCACACGCCACCAUAUUUGCCUUUGGGGGAACCCCCGGAGCCCGAGGAGCUCAUCAAGGCCCUGACCAGCAUCGAAAACUCCGCAUCCAGCGAUGCCGUGGUGCGCGAGCGUAUCGCCAAGCUGCCCCAGGAAAUAUCCGAGAUUAGCUGCAUCAGCAAGCUGGAAGAUAAGGACAAGGCCAAGGCUCUGGCCGUACAGGUGAACGAAGCUGUGGAUCUGCUGAACGACUACAACGCACGAUUGGCGGCGGAAAUGGAGGAGCGCGCCAAGCUGGCCACCAUGCUGCGAGAUUUUCAAGCGGAGCAGAAGGAACUUCUCUCCCAGGCUGAGCAACGCCUCGAUGAACACAAAAAGAAGCUGGCCAAGAUGUUGGGCCUGCAGAAGGAGAUCCACGACCACCUCUCCAACCUGCCCGACCUGACCCAAUUGCCGGACGUGACUGGCGGACUGGCGCCCCUGCCCUCCGCUGGCGAUCUCUUCAACGCCCUGCAUUGAAUGAUCCAGAACCUGAAACCUAAGGAGCCACUUUAAGUCAAGACUAGAGUUUAUAUAUAUAUUUGCAGUUGUCCCCCUACUCGCACCGCGUCCACAAAUCCCCUGACUGUAAUCCAAACACACACCCGGAUGACGAUUUCAAUAUAGCAUCUAAUUGCAAGCAACUUA